AUGGAGAUCCAAGACAGAACUGAUCUCUGUUUCCCACAUCUCCUCAACAGCUCCUGCAGGAAGCCCACACUUCACUGGUCUGAAGCCGUUCUCCUGAACUCUGUAAUGUCUUUCAUCUCACUGAUCACCGUAGCGUUCAACCUGCUCAUCAUCAUCUCAGUCUCCCAUUUCAGGCAGCUUCACACACCCACUAACAUCCUCCUCCUCUCUCUGGCUGUGUCAGACUUUCUUGUUGGUCUACUGUUGAUGCCUUUAGAAAUCUACAGAAGCACAGCCUGCUGGUUUCUUGGUGACGUCGUCUGUGUUUUGUACUUUUAUCUAGUUGUUCACAUAGUCUGUACUUCCACUGGGAACAUUGUUCUCAUUUCAGUCGACCGCUAUGUUGCCAUUUGCGACCCUCUGCAUUACCCCACCAGAAUCUCCACGGCAAAAGCCAAAUGCUGUGUGUGUGUGUGCUGGCUGUGGAAUGCCCUCUACGGCGUGUUCUUUCUGAAGGACGACAUGAUCCAACCGGGAAGAAGUAACUCCUGCACUGGAGAAUGUGCACUUCUCAUUAACUUUGUUGCUGGAACUCUCGAUGUCGUUUUGAACUUCGUGUUUCCUUUGACCAUCAUCAUAGUUCUCUACAUGAAAGUGUUUGUGGUGGCCGUGUCUCAGGCCCGUGCUGUGCACUCUCACGUUGCAGUCAUCACACUCCAACAUCCACAAAGUUCAACAGCGACAAAAUCCGAACUGAGAGCAGCCAGGACACUCGGGAUUCUUAUUGUCAUAUACCUUGCAUGUUUCUGCCCCUAUUGCUUUUAUUCUCUUAUUGAAGUUAACCAGUCCAGCACGUCUAAUGGCUCACUUGUGGUUUUUCUGUUUUAUCUAAACUCCUGUCUAAAUCCUGUGAUCUAUGCGCUGUUUUACUCGUGGUUCAGGAAAGCCAUCAAACGCAUCAUCAGUCUGCAGAUACUGGAGCCGGGCUCCCGUGAGGCCAACUUACGGCAGCUUCAAAAAACCACCAACUUCCUGCUUCUGUCUCUGGCCAUAUCAGAUUUCAUGGUGGGCUUUGUUCUCUGUCCGGUUACGGUCAUCAUAGUUCUCUACACCAGAGUGUUUGUAGUGGCCAUUUUUCAGGCCCAAGCCAUCCGCUCCUCUGUUACAGCUGUGUCCCUGCAGCGUUCAACAACAGUAGGAAAAUCUGAGCUGAAAGCAGCCAGGACUCUUGGAUGCCUCUCCCGUGAGACAGAGCUUGAUCUCCGGGAGAACUUUAAACAUGUCCCGGGGGAGGUGGACGACGUUGAAUCUGAGUGGACCAUGUUCCGCACCUCCAUUGUCGAGGCAGCGUAUCAGAGCUGUGGCUGCAAGGUUGUCUAUGUCUGUAGUGGCGGCAACCCUCAAAACCGUUGGUGGACAUCUUCGGUGAGGGGAACUGUCAGGCUGAAGAAGGAGUCCUAUCGGGUCUUCUUGGCUUGUAGGACCCCAGAAGCAGCUGAUGGGUAA